UUCGUUGAAAAGCCUUUGAAAGUCUUCUAAUUGAUUCGUUUACUUUGUUUCAGCAAUUUAUUGAUAAGUCGUUGAAAGUUAUGACUACUUAUACAACUUCAACAGAUUUCAACACAAAUACCACUGAAGUAGUGGUGGAAAAUGAAUCCAAAGAUUUUGGACAAGAAUUCUUAUCGCAAUCAGUUGCCGUCAAUUCAAUUGUCAAUAAUUUGACGCAAUCUUUACCAUCAAAGACUGGUUAUUGCUGUGUUGAGCAACCAAUUGCAACCAUUGGACAGCCAUUUAUCACUUGUGAUGGUGUUUUAACAAUGGUUUUGAAUAAAGACAUUCGAGUGGACAUCAAUGCCAGUCAUGCCAUUUGUGUGACGACCCCGAACUCCAAAGUUGCGGUCAGUUAUUCGGGACAAAACAUUGGUGUUAUCCAUCCAUUUGGUCGCGUAUAUCAAGAACUGAUUCCUUUUAAUAGUUGUCACAUUGAGAGUGGCAUACAUUUGGCUAAAAUAGGGAGCAGAGGAGUGACAUUUACAUCAUUAUAUCGGUCGCUCAUCUAUUUGGUAGAUACUUCUGGAUGCAAGACAACAACCGAACGGUUCCGUAAAUUAAACUAUGACUUUACAAAUGAAAUCUUUAAUAUGAAUGGACUCAAUGGUGAUUAUGCCCGACAUAAAGCUUUCUCAGACCUACUUCGUGGCGGUUAUGAAAUGUCAAAGGAUGGGUCCGACCAGUUCUGGUUUUUAGCCGGCCUUCGUAUUCGUCAAAAUUCAAUAUCUGGAGACCUAAUGCUUACAAAAUCUUACGGCAAGACUGUCAUCCAUAUUAGUCCAGAAAUGAAUUCAAUUAAAGUCAGUGCACCGAACCUGCGAAUCGCGGCCACACCUAAAAGUGAGGCAUACCUUCAAAUAAUCAAACCUCACUCUCGGGACGAACAACGUGUUAGUGCUGGUUAUGACUACUUUCGGGUCAAAUACGGCUCACAAAAAGCAGGUUUUGAUGGCAGAGACCAAUUGGUUCUCAUCUGA